GCAUUUGACAUUAAAUAUUAGGAAAUUACUCCAAAAUUGAUUCGCAUAUUUAAGUUAAUGGAACUGGUGUAAAUUAAUUUUACAAUUGUUGAUGAUCUUCAAUAAUUUUUAAUUCUAUAAUACGAUUGUGCUUAUAUUAUUCUCUAUGACUAUUUAAUGACGUCAGGGAAUUAGUAUUUUAAAGGUUAACAUUUUGACAGGCAAGAAUCUGCAAACAUCAUUUUAUCAUCCAUGAUCACAUCCACAAUUAUCGAGGAGAAGUGUCAGUAUCCUGUUUUGAAAGAAAUAAUUCAUCCUAUGUGAUUUGAAAGACUUGAUAAUUUUAUGAAAAGUUUCGUACGAGUAAAACUAUUGUCAGGUUUAGACCAACUAUUUGAAGGCGUGUCAUGUUGGCUCAUCUCUUAUAGUUCUUUAUUUAUAUAUAUUCUUUAUGACAACAUUUUAAAGGUUAGAACGACGUGACGAUUGUUCAUUAAACUAAUAAACGAAUUGUAGGAAUUAACGAAAUAAUAUUUAUAAACAAUGGCAGCAGGAACAACUUUACAGAAAGCCAUCGACUUAGUCACUAAAGCUACCGAAGAGGAUAAAAAGAAGAAUUACGAAGAAGCUCUUAGACUAUAUGAACAUGCUGUAGAAUAUUUUCUUCAUUCUCUCAAAUAUGAAGCACAAGGUGACAGAGCAAAAGAGAGCAUUAGAUCAAAAUGUAAUCAGUAUUUGGAUCGAGCUGAGAAAUUAAAGGCACAUUUAAAGAAGGGAAAAAAGAAACCUGUCAAGGCUGGCGAAGAUGAUUCUAAAAGCGAAGACAAGAAAAGCGACAGUGGUGAUAGUGAUACAGACAGCGAUCCAGAGAAAAAGAAACUACAAACCAAACUAGAGGGUGCUAUAAUAAUGGAAAAACCAAAUAUAAAAUGGAGUGAUGUUGCUGGACUUGAUUUAGCUAAAGAAGCUUUAAAGGAAGCUGUUAUAUUGCCUAUUCGAUUUCCUCAUCUAUUCACGGGAAAACGUGUUCCAUGGAAGGGAAUUUUACUCUUUGGGCCCCCAGGUACCGGUAAAUCGUAUUUAGCAAAAGCAGUAGCAACGGAAGCUGACAAUUCGACCUUCUUUUCUGUUUCUUCAUCCGAUUUGGUGAGCAAGUGGCUCGGAGAAUCUGAGAAACUUGUGAAAAAUUUAUUUGAAUUAGCUCGACAUCACAAACCUAGCAUCAUUUUUAUCGAUGAAGUGGAUUCUCUGUGCUCGUCACGAUCCGAUAAUGAAUCCGAGUCAGCUCGACGAAUAAAAACUGAAUUUUUAGUACAAAUGCAAGGCGUGGGAAAUGACAAUGAUGGUAUUCUAGUCCUUGGAGCGACGAACAUUCCCUGGGUUUUAGACUCUGCUAUUAGAAGAAGAUUCGAGAAAAGGAUUUACAUUCCUCUUCCGGAAUUGCAAGCCAGAGCGAUAAUGUUUAAAUUACAUUUGGGAAAUACGUCACAUUGCUUGAAUGAUGAGCACUUUAAACAACUCGCGGCUGCUACCGAGGGAUAUUCAGGAGCUGACAUAAGCAUCAUCGUCAGGGACGCUCUAAUGCAACCUGUUCGACAAGUGCAGACCGCCACCCACUUUAAAAAAGUUCGAGGUCCUUCGCCUAAAGAUCCGUCCUCGAUUGUCGAUGAUCUUCUUACUCCUUGUUCGCCUGGUGAUCCUGACGCAAUCGAAAUGAACUGGAUGGACGUGGACGGCGACAAACUUUACGAGCCUCCAGUGACAAUGAGAGACAUGCUGAAGUCUUUGUCAACAACUCGACCGACUGUCAAUGAGGAGGACAUGUCAAAAUUAGAAAAAUUCAAGGAAGACUUUGGCCAAGAGGGUUGAUGUCGUCGGUAUUUAGCGGGAGAACAAGAGUUUUCAGGCACACGAAUACUUGAGUUGAUCACGCUUGCCUUAAUCCCUUCCUGGACAUUACUCUUUCUCACGACGACGGCUGCGUCGUCGUUCUACCAUCUUUGAAAGCAUUUCUCCGUCUCUUACAAUUUUACUGCAAGAGAUUUAAUCGCUAAAUAUGUACAUUAUCUUUUUAUUUUCUGUUUCCCUCCUCCUCCUCUUCUGAGGUCGAAAACUCAUCGACACGUAAGAAAUAAGAAAGAUACUAUUUUUUGAGAUAAACGAUAUUUGAACUUUGGAACUUUUAAAUGUCUUCUUUUUUUAAUCGCUCUACACUGUAGUAAAUAAAAUAAUUUUAACGUCACUGAAUGAAAAAAGGAUAAACUUAAAGUACGCAUGAUUUAAAGAAAAAAAUAGAUAGAAAUUUUAAGAGAAAAAAAAAUAAAGUAAGGACGAUAAUAGAAGAGUGUAGAUUGUAAAACUAUGAUAGAUUCAAUGCUAAUUAAUUACCAUAUUUAGCGUUUUAUUACAAAAAUUUUGUUACGCAUUUUUACUUUGCAGUUUAGACAAUGGAUUAAUUACUGUGUAAAGAAAAUGGAGAAUUUAAGAUCACGUUUGGAAAUUCAAAACAAGUAAUUGAUCCACUGAAAAACUCUUAUACACUGAUGUAAAUGUAUGUGUGUUAUAAAUAAUCAGAACACUCGUUCUUAUGUAAAUUAUUUUUAUUGUUAACUAAAUAAAUAACAACUUAGACAUACAGCAA